AAUUUUAUUCCAAAAUAUACUAUCUCCCUCAAAUUAUAACUUAUAAUCCCAUUUUGUCUGUCAUCCGCCAUCUGUUCGAAGCAAAAGAGUCAUGGACCCUAUUAGCGUGGCCGGCAGUGCUCUUGGAAUUGUCAGCCAGGCAAAUAAGAUAUAUCAGCUCAUUGCCGAGGCACUUGCUUUAAAUUACCGUCGCGAAAGGCUUGGGAAGUUCGAAUUUAUUAGUACUCUCGGCCUGCUUAAUUUAGCAGAUGUCCAAAUAGCACAUUGGAAUAUCAAUUGCUGGAAGGACGAGGAAAUGAUGCAAUGGAAAAAAACAUAUACUGACGGGUGUAAUGCCGUUGCAAUAGCAGGAGCAAUCUUUGCGAGUAUCGGCCUUUCAGCUUUGCAAUUACCAAAUAUGGACGAUAUACACUGGACUGUUCGUGCAUUAUUCUCGACUAGUAUGGUGUUUGGUAUUCUUUCAGUUACUUCUGCAACGUCCUUGAACCAACAGGUCGGAAGACUGAACAGCGCUCUUGAUAUUCGAUUAUGGCUAAGUCGAGGAAAAGGGAGGAUGAAACACUGCGAACCGUAUUCCUUAAUGCCUCUAGAAAGUUCGAUUUCGGCGUUGAAAAUAUCUGAGAUUCCAAAUCUUUUGCUUAACCUUGCGGUAGUGCUAUUUCUUAUAGGGUUUGGACUCUAUCUUUUGUUUUCAUGGCUAAAUCAUAUUGAACAGAGUGGUAUUGCAUAUCGAAACGUGUUCAUUGUGUUUGUUAUUGCCGUUGUUGUCUCUUGCUUAUACUAUUUCACUUGGGUUGUAGUCAGGAUUCUUGAAGCUCAAAAGCGUUCUGAAGAGUUUGAGUUGAUCCCGCCAGAGAAGUUCCAAAGGCCAAGUUCCCAGCAACUGCUUCAACAGAAGCUACACAGUGUGCAGAAAUUGCAAGGGCUUAGAGGGGAUGAGGAAGAGUAUUUAAAGAAGGUUAAAGAAUGUUUGGAGGUGUUGCAAUUGCAGGAAAUAGCAAGGGGUGUAGCAGAAGAAGCAUGAAGGCAGGGAUGAAAGAGUAUUAAGUUCCCCCGGCGGACAAGCAACUCAGGCGAGAGUACGAAUAAACUUUAAGGAUAAGAACAAGAUUGAAUACGAAUUAUGUAUCUCUAGAGCAAAGUAACCAUUCUAUUUUUUUCCUUUUUAUUCUUUUCCCUUUUUUUUUUGAGAACCUU